AUGGAGUCUCAAGCUGAUCUUAUCAAUUCUUCCACCAUUCUUAGUGAAGAUCAUUCAUCUAUUUUGAAUAUGGCAUACAGUUACGAGUCCUCUGCAUGGAUGUCAAGCUGGGAGCUUUCAAAAGCUCGUGAAGAGCCUGCUGCUGUCAUUGGCGUCAAAGACUUGCAAUUGCAGGUCAUGGCCGGAGCCGAUGGGUGGACUGGGGAUUGGGUUGAGGCUACUUGUCCACAACAACCAGCUCUCGUCUCGGUGUCCUUUGCUUUACGACGACCUUUCAAGAAGGCAUCUGAAGAUGAUGAUAUCGCAGGGGACACUAUUCAUUAUGGCCUCAUCAAAUUAGCAAUUAUCGACGGUGUUAGGGCUUAUCAUGCAAGAGGUAUAACACCUGACUUUGCAAGCGAACUUUCCAUGAAGUCAAUCUGUAUAUUCAUCGCUUCUGUUCUUGUUAGGCGCAGUCUUGCAGUAGGUAGAAACGUCAAUUGGUCCUCAAUCAGAAUCAUGCUUCCAAAAUCGUCUUUACGGGGAGCUGGUGCCAGUCUUACUGCACAAGCGAUUUACAAAGAACCUUCGUUGGAGGAACAGGAAGCAGGCACCUUGCGCAGCACUGGUCAUAUCGGAGAGAGUUGUACCCUUCGACUGCAUGACCUUACAGUUCCCACCAUAAUAGGCUUGUUGCCAAAAGAGCGCACCAUGAAGCAGAAUGUGGUUGCGAAUAUUGAGAUAGAUAGAUGGUAUGGCCUGGGAGAUCUUCAUUGGGAUAUACAGCAGAUCGUUGUGAAGACGAUAGAAGAAUCAUCAUUCCAAACUUUGGAGGCACUGGCAGAGCGCAUAAGCAAGAACAUCAUUCGACACUCUUUGAUCCCUACCAUGAUAAAGCAAACCUCCACAAAAGAUAAGUGGGAUGAGCUUGCUGAUGAUUAUGCAGACGUCCCAUGGGAGGAAACGCAUGUGCCCAGAAUAUGUCCAAUUGUUAAGAUCAAGCUGGAAAAGCCAAGUAUAUACGUUGACACCACACCAGGUGUUGAAAUGAGCAUGGACAUUCGACCCUCAUGUGACUCGCCAUACUUUGAUUUAUGGGAAGGGUACAAGAGGUUGCGUUUAUGUCCACGCCCACUCAUAGGUACGCUCACGGACUGGAUUGCACAGGAGCACCCCGGAGGAUCAAAGGACGGAACAUCGUCAAACGUAGUAGGCAUUAAUCGAAAGUUGGAUGGUCUCCAACCCGAUCUCGCCAGGACGCCCCAAGAUGCGAAGGAAAUCACUGCUCAGCCAGGAGAGCACCCAGAAAAUCCACAGGAUGGAGAAUCACCAAGGUUAGAUCUGAAUCAAAAGCUAGAUGGCUCCCAAACUGACACCUCCCAAUACAAUGAUAAUGCGGAAGAAACUGUUACUCGGCCUAAGGAACACCCGGAAAACUCAAAGGAUGGAGAAUUGUCAAUUUUGAGUGACUUAAAUCAAGAGCUCAAGACUUGGCAAAGGGAUAUUGCUCAACUUCGAAAAACUGCACAAGGAAUCAGGGCUAACGCAAAAAAACUGGAUGAUAGAAAAUCUUCAAUGUUAGCAGAAAUUAGCCAAUUGCUGGAUAACUUCAGAAACGAGCUCACCAACGUUCAAAAAGCAAUGCAGGAGUUCGUUGUUCAGUAA